UGAUCUGAAUUGAACCCAUUCAAAAUUUCGGUCAUUUCGUCAUGAGUUCCCCCAAAAUGUGCGUUCGGCAUUUGAGUAUCUGCAUCUGUGAAUCUUUUUCAAAUGCUGCUUCAAAUCCAAACGUAAAAUCCGUACGCAUUCGUAUGCGAAUGCGAUCAAAAUGUAUUGGCAGAGACCGAAAUAAAGUGCACAUGGCUCGCCGCCGAUUGAUAAAAGAUAAAAAUAAAGAGAUCGGCCUCUCUUUAUGCGGAAUGUGCGCUCGCAUUCGCCUGUAAAUUCUCGAAGGGAACGCGUGCAAUUCGGAGCAUCGAAGCACCCAAGGUGAUUACAUAAAACCAGAAAACCAGAACCAUGCAGAAGGCCAUCAAGAAGGAGCUCAGCUUCUCGCUGGACACGCUGGAGCGUUAUAGAGCCAAGUACGGACGCAGUGCAUCGCUGGACACAAACGGCACAACAAUUGCACACACAGACGGCGAGCCGGCUGCUCCUGCGCCGCCACCGCCUUCGAUCUUCACAAAGUCUUUGUCGCCACCAAAGAUGACCAAGCUGCAGGAGCUGCAGCAGAAGAAGGAGGCCUAUUUAAGGGCCAAGGAGCACGAGCGGGAAAUGGAGCAGCUGCAGCGCACAGAGAGAAGGUCCAUCAUAAAUAGUUCGGAUACGCCCAAACCCAAGACAGGCAGUCCACCGAGCACUUCGCCGACUCCCAAUGCAAGUUCCUCGUCAACCGCUGCCGUGGCCACCAAAUCCUCCAGUCCAGCUGGCUACACCAACUGGUCGAAUCACCAUGCCACACUCUGCUCCCAGUCGUGGGUGGCCAUCUCCGAGCUCAUGUACUUCUGCGACAAGUAUGAGUUCACCACGCUCAGUACUCGCGAUCUGAGGACGCACCAGGAGAUCGUGGCCGAGGUGAGGGCUCUGCUGUCCGGCAAGGCGCCCUUCGAUCAGCGCACCCGCUUCCCGGGUAACAUUCACGAUCCGGAGAACCUGUGGGUUUGCAUCGGUCGCUGUGCCAGCGUGGAGUACCAUCUGCAGCGCAUCAUCAGCAUCUUUCGCAAACCUCUCAAUCAAUUGACACCGGACAAACAGCGAACGGUGCGUCAGAACUUCCACCUGGCGGUCAGCGAACUGCGACUGGACAUCUCGGCGAGGAUUAGCGAGGUGCGGCUGUACGAUCGCCUGGUCUUUGAGCGCGAGUUCCGGCUGGAGUGGCAGGAUGAGGAGGCCUAGUGGAUAAAAGGGUU